UUUCCCUAUUCCCGCCAAAUGCAAUUUGCUCCAAGAUGAGCAACAGCCUGCGCUGGUCGGCUUCUUCUGCGGCCGCAGCGGACAACGAGGACAGCGGGGCCGCUUCCUCCAUCUCGGAUGUGUUUGCAGACAUGCUAACCGUCAACGAGGACUUGAUCGUAGCGGCGGCCGAGAGCCAAGCUGAAGGAGACGUAGAAGGACUUAUCGCGUGAGUGGUCUUGCGUAAUGAAGCUGUAGUAAUGUGUUGCAGUAGUGAACGUGGUGUUUGCUGUAGGUACCAGCGCAUUCUGCACCGAGACCUGAUGGAGAUGGCCGAGUUCAUCGACUCCAUGUUCGGUGUCUACAGCAAUACUAACAGCAACAACAUCAGCAAUCUCACCACGACGAAGAGCGAUGAAUCGGAGCCUCCAGUAGUAGUUGAUCUGACUACCGACGCUGCGAAUGGACAAGAGUCUGCUCCAACAGCGGAGAAAAAUACGACAGCAAAACAGAAAGCGGUAAAAAAGAAAGCGCAACGUGGUGCAUUGCUUACAGCUAUCGAAGCAGGCGAAAGGGUUCGUGAAAUCCAACGAUCCAAGGAGCAAUGGAUCAAGUCGCGACAUCAAGUGCUGGAGGAGGAAGGCGUCAGUGCAAUCAUGAACGAAAAUGCAAAUGGCAUGUUGGAGGUCGCUACUGCAAAGUCAGGAGAGAAGAACACACAACAAGGGAGUGGAGGCAUAGCACUGGCGAAUCAGCUGCGUGCGCACCAACAUAUCGCUGCGUUCUUACAAGCGACGAAAGGAGCUUCUGCACCAGGUUCUGCUCCUCCAAUGGCGCCUAUGAACCUGCUGCUUGCAAACCAGCUAGCUAUGCCUACAGCGACCCCAUCGUUGCCAAUGCCUCCGCACAUAUCACCUAUUCCAAUGGCCAGUAGUGCAGAGCAGCCGAUUAAGCCAGCCAUGGUCGGGAAUAGCGUCCCCAAGAUCGCUCUGCCUCCAGCACACUCAAUGUUCAACAUGCUCUUAGCAUUUCCUGGAGCUCCACAACUGAUGUUCAAUCCUCAAGCCGUGAGAGGGCUGAUGCCAAUGUCGCAGUGGCAACCACAGUUGCAGACGCCUUUACCAGCUCGAAGUGUAGUCCCCGUUCGGCCUCCAGCUAAAACCCCAGAGUUCAAACGAAUGUGCGAAUCGUGCCGCAAACGGCACUUCAGUGUACGGCAAUGUCGUCUUGUGCUUCAACAUACAGACCCUGAAUGGCAACCAGCGCAACCGCCACCAGCAGUUAGACGACGAAGGCGCAAGCCAUCUGCUGCCAAUACCACAAAGCAAGUAACUUAAUAAACUCUUCAAACAGCUCUC